AUGGCAGAAUCUACAAAAGCCGCGGCUCCCAAGGACACUGGAAGCCCAGAGUCUGAGAGCAGCACUGUUGGUAUUCGCAGUGGCAGUGAGACCAGUCUUUCGUCUUCAGAGCCAAGCGACGCGGCAAGGUCCCCCCAAGAGUCGACCAUGGCUCCUCUGCGCCUACAGCUAAGUGGAGUAUACGAAGAGAAUAUUCUAGCCAAGAUUUUCCGCACUGCUUCGGAUGAUUUGAAAGAUAAUAAUCCUCCAACAGCUUAUCCCGAAUAUGUGCUGCCUACAGGCCCGGAUGCUGGCAAGUAUAUUCUAAGGGAAUCUGACUUCUGGACAUGCGGUUUCUUUCCCGGCAGCAUCUACUCCCUUGCUGAGAGGCUUGUGAAGUUCCCCCAGGCCGUGCCAGUGAAACACAAGCAGCUCCUGUUGGAGCAGCUUUUGGCAUUGGGAGCCCAAUGGAUCGGACCAAUUCACUCCAUGGCUUCUCGUACCGACACACACGACAUGUCUUUCAUGAUACAGCCCUCAAUGCGUGUGCUGUGGGAGGUAUUCCAUGACACAAAAGCAUACGACUCCAUCUGCUUGGCUGCAAAGUCUCUCCACACCCGGUACAACUCAGUCGUCGGGGCCAUUAGAUCUUGGGAUGUACUCACCCAGCAUGAUGUGGAUAUUACAAGCCCCUCAGAGGACUUUCUCGUCAUCAUUGACUCCAUGUGCAAUCUCGAUCUCCUCUAUUACGCGGCCGCACACACAGGCAACACAGAGCUAAGUGACGCAGCGACACAGCAUGCGAAAACCCUGAUCAAGACGCAUCUACGACCUGAGAAGGACCCCAAAGGGUCGACCAAAAGCCUGUAUAGCACGAUCCAUGUGAUCAACCACGACCCAAGAACAGGCCUGAUCAAGGAACGGCGCACCGGCCAAGGCUACAGCCCAGAAUCUACCUGGGCGCGCGGCCAGGCAUGGGCCAUCAUGGGCUAUGCACAGACCUACGGCUGGACAGGGGACGAGGAAUUUCUGUCAACCGCUAUCGGCCUGGCUGAGUAUUUUGUGCUGAGGCUGGAGACAUCGCCAUCAUGUGUUGAGCUGACCGUUCCCGGAGAAGGGCGUAAACGUGGACGCUACGUUCCCCUUUGGGACUUCGACGCCCCGAUAACCGAUGAGGCGAACCCUCUUAGGGAUUCAUCUGCGGGUGUCAUCGCAGCGAAUGGGUUGCUCAUUCUGUCGCAGGCUUUGGCUGGGCUUGAUAGGGCAGAGGAGAGCAGGAGGUAUCGCGGUUUGGCUGUUCGAAUCAUCGCAGACACGCUGGAUCUUUCCCUCGCCUCGGAGAAGGCACGCUUCGUGUUCAAAGAUGGAAACGAGGUGCGUGUGGAGAACGUGGACCAGGGACAGCAGUUUGACGCGAUUCUCAAGAACGCAACUGCCAACUACAAUGCCAGGGACUAUAAACGGUACUGGGAUCACGGCCUCGUGUACGGGGAUUACUAUCUUAUUGAGUUUGGGAAUAGGCUUCUGAAGAUGGGGCUGGCAUAG